AUGCGAGGAUUACGAGGCCGCAAUGUUGUGACAUCGCGAAUGGCGCGAGACAAAAACGCUUCAGCGGAUGCGAUAUUAUAUGGCACUACUGAUCCACUACUUGAUAAAAUUUUUGGAAAAAACAAAAGAGCGAAGAGACAAGAGGAUUUUGAGGAAAGCAGCACGGAGCAAACACUUUUAAGGAAGCAUGAGUACGACGCUAACAAAAUUACGGAACUGUUGCAGGACAUAUUAUCAACAAUGAAGCCUGAGGGCCAGAGUAGUGGCAUUGCAUCGGAUUCCAUCCAAGGAGAACCUACUGAAAUCACAUAUGAAGAAGGUGCCUCACAAGAACCGGAACCUUUUGAAGUGUAUAGCUCAUUGAACCAAAUAGGCCGACCCGCCGAUAUAGGACCUGAGGUUGCCGACUACGCACGCCUGCAAGAGGAGAAGGUUGUUGAUGAUAAUAACCAAACGGAUAAUAAAACUACUUCCACUGCGUCAGCCAAGACUACCACCACGACAAUAACGACAAGCGCGAAAAUGGCAGGAUCCACGAGCAAAACGACGGAAAAUGGAGCAACAUCCAUCACCGAUAUCACAACAUCAGCAAGUUCGGAAAGUACACAAUCUCCAGGAAGCAGCGGAAGUCAGUUUCUAUGUCUUUCUUGA